CUAAGAUCUGAUUUAGACAAUGCAAACAACUCUUUCCAGUACAGACUUUUGGGAGAUGGAGCUGAAAGUAUUUUUACCAUUGAUGAAAGAACAGGUGACAUAUAUGCUGUUCAGAAGCUUGAUAGAGAAGAACGAUCCCUCUACAUCCUAAGAGCCCAGGUAAUAGACAUCACUACUGGAAGGGCUGUGGAACCUGAGUCUGAGUUUGUCAUCAGAGUUUCGGAUAUCAAUGACAAUGAACCAAAAUUCCUAGAUGAACCUUAUGAGGCCAUUGUACCAGAGAUGUCUCCAGAAGGAGUUAUAAGAAUAUCUUCUAAAAUGGAUAGAGAACUGCAAGAUGAGUAUUGGGUAAUUAUUCAAGCCAAAGACAUGAUUGGUCAGCCUGGAGCACUGUCUGGAACAACGAGUGUAUUAAUUAAACUUUCAGAUGUUAAUGACAAUAAGCCUAUAUUUAAAGAAA